AUGGCAGAACAACAAAUGCCACUCAAUUUUGCAGAAAUUCUUAAAGAAGUAAGGAAACUACUGAUAUACAAUGGAGACAACUCAGAAUACGCCCUAACCACCUGGUUAGAGGAAACAUCAACACUACUACAGUUAGUUCAAACUAGAUCACAACAAUUGUACAUCCUGCGACUAAUCCUUUACAAACUACAAGGCGAAGCUAGAAGUGUAGCACAAAAAAUACAAGAUCCUACAUGGAACACCAUUAGACAUAUCCUCGUAACAACGUUUGGAGUCCACGAAACAUAUGGAAUAUUAGUAAAUAGAAUACAUAAAGUAAGUUCUAGAAAUAUAGGAGAUGCCUAUCAUAAUUUAAAUAAAUUACUUAAUAAACUCAAUACAAAAUUUGUGCUAGAUCCUCAAAGGGAAUUACAUUUGGAAUUCAAUUCAAUUAGAAACGAGAACUUAGUUCUAAAUAAAUUUAAAUCUCUUUUGCCCGAAUAUAAGGCAUACCUUAUUGAAAUGAAGGAUUGUGAGAAGCUCAGUCAAGCAUACAAUUUACUACGUGAAAUGGAGCAAAAUAAUCAAUAUCGUAAUAAUAAUUAUCAAAAUAACAAUAACUACCAAACAAACAGUCAUAGCAACAACAGAUACAGUAAUAGUAGACAAAACAACAAUAGAUACAACAAUCAUAGUAAUAUUUUCCAGAAUGGAAGUAAUAAUAACCAAAAUUUUAACCGAAACUACAAUCAAAAUUAUAAUCCUAAUCGGAAUAGAAUGCAAGUAGAUCAUCAAUUUCGAGUAUCGACAAAAACUAAACAAUCUCGAGAAAAAUUGUUUGAAGGAUUGAAGAACGAAGAGGCAAUAAAUCUCCAGAGAAUUGUCAACGAAUAUGAGACACUUUUCUACAAAGAAGGAGAAAAUCGGCCUGCUCACGAAAAGGAAGUAGAAUAUCAAAUCAAUGAUAUGUUGAAACAAGGAACAAUAAAACCCUGGCAUUCUCCCUAUAAUGCACCAAUAUGGGUAGUUCCAAAAAAAGUUGACAAUUCUGGCAAACAGAAAUGA